AUGGCUUCCAACACAGAAUUAAAAUUCUUCUUCUCCUCCAUAACCCUUUUUACAAUCUUCCAUAGUUUUGCAACAAACUCUUAUGCACAAGACCCUAAUUUUCUCUACCAAGUUUGCUCAAAAUACAGAAUCACACCCAACAGCACCUACCAAAUAAACCUCCAAACCCUCUUAUCUUCCUUAUCUUCCAAAGCAACCCAAAACACCCAAUUCUUCAACAACACCGUCGCCAGCAAAAACCAUUCCGAAGCAGUUUACGGACUAUACAUGUGCAGGGGUGACGUCCCUUCCUCCCUAUGCUCCUCAUGCGUUGGAAACGCAACCCGAAGACUCUCCACAAACACAGAGUGUUCAUUUUCUGUUGCAGCAGUUAUGUACUACGACGAAUGCAUGGUUCGGUAUUCUAACCAUUCGUUUUUCUCUACCGUUGCAAGAGUAGCUGGCUAUGUUCUGUCAAGUCCCACAAAUAUGACAAACCAAGAAAGCUUCAACCGUUUACUGUACGAAACGUUGAACAAAACUGCAGAUGAAGCUUCUUCGAAGAAAUUUGCUACAAGAGAAGCGAAAAUAAAUAUAUUUCAGAAUCUUUACUGUUUGGCUCAGUGUACGCCUGAUAUUGAUGAAAGAGAGUGUAGAAGUUGUCUUGAUGGUUUGAUAAAUUCGGAUCUUCCACGAUGCUGUGCAGGAACUCAAGGAGGAAGAGUUUUAUAUCCGAAUUGUGUUAUCAGGUUUGAAAUUUCCCCUUUCUACGGUUCUCUUACUUUGCCACCAACACCAGCUCCGGUUCCAUCAGCAAAAUCCGCAGAAAAUAAAAAUGGAAGAUCGCGAACAGCAAUCAUUGUUGUCAUAGCCAUUGUUGUUUUGGCAAUAGUCGUUGCUAUUUGUUUCUACUGUCUAAAGAGAAAAGCGAGAAUAAGCAGGUCCAAUAUUCUACUCCAAGAAAACUUUGGUCAUGAAAGUACCACUUUGGAGGGGUUACAAUUUGAUUUAGCCACUAUUGUUGCGGCAACAAACAAUUUCUCCCACGACAACAAGAUUGGAAAAGGUGGAUUUGGACAAGUUUACAAGGGCACUCUUCGUGAUGGACGAGAUAUAGCUGUUAAAAGGCUUUCAACAAGUUCCACACAAGGUUCAACCGAGUUUAAGAAUGAGAUUUUAUUGAUAGCUAAGUUACAACAUAGAAAUCUUGUGGCCUUGAUAGGUUUUUGUCUAGAGGAGCAAGAGAAGAUUCUCAUCUAUGAAUAUGUCCCAAACGGAAGUCUUGAUUAUUAUCUAUUCGGUAACCAAGAUCAGAAGUUAAAUUGGUCUGAACGAUAUAAAAUUAUUGAAGGAAUUGCUUUAGGAGUUCUUUAUUUACAUGAGUAUUCUCGACUUAAAGUUAUACACCGUGAUCUUAAACCUAGUAAUAUUUUAUUAGAUGAACGUCUGAACCCUAAAAUUUCAGAUUUUGGCAUGGCUAGAAUAGUUAACAUUGACCAAGAUCGUGGUAAAACCAAUAGAGUUGUGGGAACAUAUGGUUAUAUGUCUCCGGAAUAUGCAAUGCUCGGAGAUUUUUCAGAAAAAUCAGAUGUUUUUAGUUUUGGAGUAAUGGUCAUUGAGAUAAUCACCGAAAAAAGAAACGCAGAGUCUUAUGAAUCAAAUCACGAUGGUAAAGGCCUCUUGAGCUAUGUUUGGAGACAAUGGCAUGAAGAAACAUUGUUGACUGCAAUGGAUCCAUAUAUUAAAGAAAAAUAUUCUGAAAUUGAAACUAUGAAAUGCAUUCAAAUUGGUUUAUUAUGCGUCCAAGAAAAUCCAAAUGCUAGACCUACAAUGGCAAGAGUGGUUUCAUAUCUUGCUAAUCACUCAGUUAAACUGCCAUCUCCACAAGAACCGGCUUAUGUGGCGUAUGGAAUGGAUCAAAUUAGUGUUGCACAGCAGGAGUCUAGCUCGGGCCAAUCUGCUAGUAGUUCUAAACCAUACUCAGUUUAUAACAUGUCAAUAAGUACAUCUAUUCCUCGUUAA